UUGGAGCUGCCGCUUCUCUCUCCGCGUCAGAGGACUGAAACACGCUCUACACUUUUCACCACUUUUGCUGCUGAGAUUUCUUAAACACGUUUUUGUAUAUUUUUCCACUCUCUCUCUCUCUCUUUCUCUCUCUCUGUCGACGUGAAUUUAAGUUUUUUGAAAAGGAUACCGGGAGUUUUACGCAUUACAUCGAGCCAACCGACGGAUGGGGUAUCAGCAGCAGCAGCAGCUUUUUUGGUUGUCUCUUUUCACAAUAAAACAGAGUUCUUCGCUGGGGAAUUACAAUCAGUUCGUUUAUGACUUUAAACAGGCAGAGAGGAUUUUCCUUCGGUACUAAUUAGCGUGCCUCGCCACCCUCCUCGUCUUGUGCGCGCGUACUCUCCAUACGGCGUAAAACGUGCUCCCGCGCAGAAUAAAGUCACCAGAAUUGAUACUUUGCAACAUUUCAGCCUCACUUAGCAAACCACAGAAGCCUAAAGACUAUUCAUCGUCUCCAUUAAGAAGCUUGGAUGUCAGUAAAGACUGGUGCUGUUUGGGAGCCGAACCGUCUCCUGUCAUCUUCAUUUUCUUCAGCAUGGCAUUUCACUGGAAGUAGCCUUCAAAGUGGAAGAUGGCUUUUUACUCUCCCUAGGUUGCAACCUAAUCCCUCCGCAUGCCUAAUGGCACAGUGACGGUGAAAACUCGGCUUUUGUAAAAGGUAAAGAAUGACUGCAGCAGCAGGUGUGCUAACAGGCUUGGCCAAGCUAAAGCGCCAGGACUCCGCCCGCUCUCAGCAUCGGCCCGUGCCACCCACAUCGCCAGGCCUGGGCCACCCCGCCCCUGAGGCCGCCCCUAGGAAGAGGAAGCGGCGCACCGAUGUCGUAGUAGUGCGAGGUAGGCUCCGUCUCUACUCAGCAUCUGGGUUUUUCCUCCUCCUGGGACUGAUCAUCUUAGCCAUAGGGAUUGGCAUGGCGACACUAGGUUACUGGCCUCACAGUAAAACCGUGCUCACUGGAGGAGGAACUGGAGUCAAGACAGAAAAGGAUGUAGCCAACGCAAGCCACGAUAGGCAAGGUACGCCCUCCAAGGAGACUGGGAGCACUCUGAUGCGAUUCCUAGAACAGCACCUUCACUCUGAGAGGAUGAAGAUGCUUGGACCCUUCACCAUGGGCAUUGGGAUUUUUAUCUUCAUCUGUGCUAAUGCCAUACUUCAUGAAAACAGGGACAGAGAGACCAAGAUCAUCCAUAUGAGAGACAUGUACUCCACAGUCAUCGAUAUCCAUCGCCUCAGGCAGAAAGAGCAAAAGCAACACCAAAACUGGAACAGUACCUGUGCAAGAGAAGCUGGAGAUCUUCGAGCCUUCGGCAGCGAUGCUGCAGGACGGUUAGCUAGCAACUCCCUUUUAGCCUUCUCCUCUCGUGCUGGAAGUAUUGCUGGAGGGAGAUGUUCUACAGAAGAGGAGGAGGUGUUAUUAGGGGAUGAGGAGUUUCACAGACGUAGAGAGCAGGUUAAGAUGGAUUGUAACUUUGCAGGGCUACUGGCACCUCUCUAUAAAGACCGCCAAUUUUGUGGCCCUGGGAUCAGGCUGGCUCAUUCGGACUCCAUGCGUCACCAGUGGUCAGUGGAUGGAGAUGGAGAGAUUGGAGGACACCAUGCACGCUCUAUUGUCUCCUCCUCUAUCUCUGCAUUUACGCUCCCUGUUAUAAAACUCAACAACUGUGUUAUUGAUGAACCAGAGAUGGAGGCGAUAACUGAAGAGGAGAGAGGAGGAGAGAGAAGAGAUGGAGAGAGGUCACAGCCUCUGACCUCCAUGGAGUCUCUGGUUGUUCCCAUGGCAUCUGUUGCCAAGGCCUCCAAACCGCCAGGCCUACACAGGAGUAACUCUGCCUCCUCUUCAUCGCGCUGCUCCUCCUUAUCUUCAUCCUCCCUCUCCCCUGCUCCCUCCUCUACCUCAGGCUGCUGGCUUUCUCCAGGAGCAGCAAAGAGUGACUUUGGCUCCAAUACCUCUCUGCACAUGCUCAACAGCCAUUCCAAAUCUCUGGACUUGGAGCGCAGGCCGAGCAUGCUUAGUGUGAACCCGGAGCAGCGGAAGCACCCCAGCUGGCCCCGACUGGACCGCAGCAACAGCAGCCGUAGUAACAGCGGCAAUCGGGGCAGCACUAAAGGCUACAAGCGGCUGGAGGAUAGAGAAGAACAAGGAGAGCGGCUCUUGGAUGUGCCACAGUCUGUGACAGCGAGGUGUGACUACAGUAAGCGCGAGAAGCUGCUAAUGAUAUCCAGGUCGCAUAAUAACCUGAGCUUUGAGCAUGAUGAGUUUAAUAGCAGCACACUGAAGAGAGGCAGCUCUGAGACUCGGUUCUGAUGGCAUUGAACUAGAGGUUGAUGACAGUUCUGUCCUGUUCUGUAAAUUGCCCUCCACACAGUAUGAAUGUACAGCUUGUACUAGAAGAAACUGACAAGUUUAAUGGCUACACUGUGCAGAAAGGAAACUCAAGUAGUUUCAAAAAGAGCCUUUUCCUGAGCAGCAGGUUGUAGAGUAAUGGACCGACUUGCACAGUAAAAAGUUCAGGCCCGAUGUCAGCCAGACAAUAUGGGCCUAACUGCACCGGGUCACAGGUGUUAGUCUGCAGCAGUGAUUCCCAACCAGGGGUACUUCUGCAGAAGGCUGGUCAGAGAGUACGUGAAAAGAUUAGCUCAACUCUUGGAUAAGCAGAAAUGAUUUAAAAAGAUAAAAUGGUAAAAAGUGAAUAAACGUUGAUAACUUCCUAAGUGUAGAGUAAAUAGUUGGAAUUACUAGCUAACAGCAUGUAUAAACGAAUGACAUUAUAAGCUAAAUAGGAUGGAUAACAAGUACUCUACAGAAGGUAGCUAAAUUAAUAAAUGUCGGCCAUUUUGCUGACGUCAACAAAUUACCUAAAUAUAUAAACAUUACUAGCAAAAUAGAUAAGUGGGGGAAAUUGUCACUAACAGCUGUUAAAAAGAAUCGUAGCUAAGAGUACUGGAUGACUGGUUAAAAUAGUCAGCUACUAGUCAUGGACUAAUUAUUAACUAUUUAACACAAAGGGUGUCGCUGAGGAAGAGUUUUUUCGGUCCAGAGGGGUGUACUACAAGGUGGGAUUAAUGGGUUAGCGAGUUACCAUGGUAACUUAUGCUGAACGCAUAACUGGUUUGAAAGCAGGUUAUGCUCACGGGCUCAGUUUAAAAUCAUCUGGAAGCACCACAUUUUCACUGAUUCUGAUCUGCUGCAGAGUCAUUUUACUUUGAUCUGGUGACAAACGAAACACAUACUGUAUCCUUUAUUAGGCUACAGGACAGUAAACAGCAGCACUCAGUGUUAAAAUAAUUAACACAAAUUAAAAUGUAGAUUUUACUGCUCUGUGUGCCACAUUCAUUUCUUGUCUUAUUGGCAACA